GCGAAACGCGUGGUUUCUUAGCCUUCAUCAACUACAUUGUGACCGCAUUCAUUACCUCCGCUCUCAUCACUACUUUGCUAUACAAUCCGCAUCACUUUUUUCUUGCUACAGCUACUUUCUCCCCCCUUUCCUAAACGCCCUUUUCGCAUGUCCUUGCACCGCAACUUUUCCACAGGCUACUACGGUGACGGGCUCUCUACCGCAUCAGCCGUGACCGUCUACGACAACAAAAUCAUUGUGGUAAACAUGGGCGCCGCGCGCGAUGCUCUCGGGCGGCGCACCUUGGACGAGUGGCGUGCGGUCUUGCCGUCCGCGGCAUACUUUGUGGGCACCGAUCCCAAGCUUUUCGGGCGCUGCCUCGCGUUCGUGUACGAAGACCCGCACACGCGCAAGUUGAGCACAGUGCUUGUAUCACGCCAUGGUGAAAGCCAGUACAACUCGCUCACGCUCGACGCGCGUUCCAAGUACUUUCCUGCGUGUGAGAACUUGCUCCCUAAAAACAAAAAGUCGAACGUCCGGCGCGCGCUCGCGAUUGCAAAUCUCCGUACGUGCGCGAUACUUGCGCCGCGCGCGCGGCUGACGUUGGGUGCACGCGGCUGGGACGAGACCGACGCGGGCGCACUCGCGAACCGGAUGGAGUUGGUCGCGAACCGUGCACCCGCAGAUAUUGGCGCGGCGCUCUUGGCGCUUGGCUACUUACGCGAUAAGUUCACCAACUCGGUGAACCUCGAUGUGGUGUACGUGGAUAGCGAGGCGGCAGUGGAUGACAAUAAUCGAUUGGUGUUUCUUCUUGGAGAUCAGUUGGACCUGUUGUUUGAUCCGUUGAUGGAGUAUUCGCCGGAGCCAACGGAGAAGAUAUAUAGGGUGCCAAGCGGCCAGGAUGCUGCCUCCGGUAUGGCCCAGCCUGGAAUUGUCACCGCCACCGACAGCCCUCUUGCUCAAGCCAUCCUCGCCGAACUCUUUGCCUCACAGACCAGCCUCACCGACAAGCUCGUCCACUUUCUCCAGACCUUUGUGGUUCCCCUUCGCAUCCGCGUACUCAACGGUGAGUUCCCCCUCACUAUUAACGCCUUUAACAAGAUUUUCCCGCCCACCAUCGACGAAAUCACCCGUGUCAAUUGCAUCUUCCUCGAGAGCUUGGAGGCAGCUAUGCCUUACGGCAGCUUCGAGGUCAUUAAGGCCUGCGGCAAAACCAUCCCCUACUUCUACAAGGCCUACAUGCGCCAUGAGGCCGCGACCAAGACCUUCAGUCGUCGGGUGACCGAAUUCUUGGGUGACCACGGCCAGCAGGUUGCGCGCGACCUCCCGACCGUGGACCUCCUGCUCUACACUGUGCGCCAUAUUGAGAGCAUUGUCUUUUCGUCCUUAAACUUGAUCAAGUUGAAGAUGAUCUUGACGCGAUUGUAUCACGAGAAGACGGACAAGAGCGAGCGUGAAGCAGCAACCCCCGUGACCACAGACCAGAUAGAGACGGAGAUGUUUCUCCAGAUGGAGACGUUCUAUCGUUCCGCGCUCCAGACCAUUGACUCAUUCGGGCGCGACACGCUCAAGCCGUACCAGCGGCGAGUGUUUACCCCUACCGGCAAGAUCUUGACCGAGUUGGCGGACGGUUGGCCGGUGGAGUUGCAGUACGGCUGGUUGACGCGACGCGUGGUGGGCAUUUUUGAUGCCACAAAUCUCCACACAAAUGCUCCCUCCGUGAUCAUCGUCUUUUCCGACCACGUCUUGUUCCUCAACGUGGGUGAAGCCGUAGCCCCAGGGCCCGGGGCCCGUGAGUCGCUUCACCGGCCAUCGGUCUCCGACAUUUUGAUGCACUCGCUCGUGAACGAGUGUCCGUUGGAAAACAUUCCACCGUUGGCGGUCGCGGGCUAUGCGGCGAUUGGGGGAAUUCACGCGUUGACCUACGAUGAUGCGACGUGCAUCCAGUUCUACGUCUCUGGUCCGGGAAUCCUCGGUGGGACCAGCGGCGAGUCCGCAGGCGAGGCAGUUCGCACGUUUCGUCUUGCCGCGCCCAAGUUGAACAGUGGUUUCCAGGUCAUCGAGUUGAUCAACAAGGCCAAGAUUUUGGAUAAGUCUACGUCCUUCCAUUUGUUCAAGUAUCUCGACCAGGGCUUGAGCAUUUACUCCAUUGCCCAUGAGAUUGACCACUUUCUGCAGGAGACGUCCCGCUCGCCGUUUGCCUUGUUUCUCAACACCCAUAUUGACCGUAGCUAUCUCCAGCGAUACGAUUUAUACCUUGCUGUGUCUGCAUGCUUCCUCGACGACGACAGCGUACAGAUCACGGGCUUUUCCAGGGGAACCCUCAGCGUGGACCGUGAUGAGAAGGAGUUUCUUAUGGUGGUGCUGUCCGGGAGCCUUGCCGCGUACUUGGUGGAGAUGUUUGCCAAGGUUUAUCCGUCGUUCAUGUCGCAUAGCAACCCCGACUUUCAUGAGAGUUUGAUGAGGGCAGAUGCGACGCUUGUGGGAGCAGUAGAAACGUUCCUAAGAGAUGAGCCAGAGGUGGAAGUUCCGGCCAAGUCUCAGACCAAGUCUCAGACUAAGCCUCAGACUCCACAAGUUUCUCCGGUGGCGACCCCAGUAUUGCCACACGCGUCGCCAAAGCCCAUUUUGAAACCCCAGACGAUUCCAAAGGUUAUUAAGUCACAGCCGGCACCAGGGGCUAUCAAGUCACAGCCGGUUGAAAAACGCCCGUCCUUUUUUAAACGCCUUUUUCGAUCCAAGGCGAAAGGGGCCGGCCUGAAACCAGCAAAGCAGACGCCGGAACCAGCCAAAACUAUUAAGCGGAAGAUUACCAAGCUUUUUCACUCAGAAGAGGUGUUGAAGCCGGUAGUACCGAGCAAGAGCUUGUCUGGGCCUAACGACGUCCUGUCCGAACUGAAAAUGGUCUCGCCAGACCCGGACAAGGUCUCACAUGACCCAAAGGUCUCGCCUCUGCUUGUGGCACCACUUGUUGUCCAACCUAUGGAGCACAGCGACAACGACACUAUUAGAUACGCACCGCAACCGAUUCUUACAGCAACGCCCAGCAAACCCCUCACGUUUGUACCGCUCCUUCCCGACGAUGUUUCCCGCUCCAAGACCCGCGACUCGCUGACGAUGCAAAAUGCUCAGAGUUUAGACAACUUGAGGAGCGUCAGUAUGCACGAAAGCAUCAACAAAUUGGUAGAAGACGAGGUACCGAAUUGGCGCGUCAUCGUGCGUGACAACUCAUCGUUAUUGGAUAUUCACCGCAGAUUCCUUCACGAAGACCGAAUCGCCAGGGAUGAGAACGAAAAGCAGAAUGAGAACCAAAACAGAAUGGAUGAAAUGAAGAGAACGAGCCCUGAGGUAGGGACGAACGACUAUUCCCUCUAUCACAGUGAUGUCACGGUCAACUACACGCUGCAAACAACCAGUAACUUUCAGAGUCCGUACAGAAUCGGCGUAACCACUCAAACCCCUUCCGGAACGGCAAAGAUUUCCCAAAACUUUGUCAGAUUGGGGAAAUCUCCCGAUAGUACUCAAACGAACGAGGCCCCCCAAACAGCUUGUGACUCUCCCCAAAGUAUCCGUCAUUCUUCCCAAUCGAUUCAAUCUCCCAGAAGACUCGACUGGGUGGGUACUGGUAGCCCCUCCCAUUCCAAUACCUCAGUGACUCCCCAGCUCACCUUUGGCGAUCUAGAUUUCGGGGAAGGUCCUCGGAGCCUCGACUUUGGUUCCUUCGGAGACAGUGCUCUCGGAACCGACGAUACCCUUAAAGGGAAGCUCGGAGACUCGCAGUUCCUCAAUUACUCCGUCUUUGACGUGCACACCAACCUGCUCACGUCGCUCGAGCUUGCGGCGGACGAUUCCAAGACUAUCGAGACGGAUUCUGCAUACUACACGCCAGAAAACAUCAAGCUUGAUUCGUUUGACGUUACGACCGAGAAGGCAUUUUUGCGUUCGGACUCGAGCAUCGAGAUCAUUUCCUACGGCGACGUCGCGACGGUCCAGCCGGUGACGUGGCAGGAGGUUGCGCGCAUCGAGCGGUACGUCGUAGGGGAGGCCUCCGUGGAGACAAGCGACUCCUGGGACGGUUUCCCGGGGCUCACGCUGGCAAAGACUGCGGAUCUGAUACCGACGUUGACACAAAACCUGCCAGUGCGGAGUCUCAAGACCUUCCGCGACAUGUCCAUGCGGUAUCUUGCGGACUAUCUCAACGGGACGGAGCUGUUUGUUGAUGAUUAGGUGGAUAUUUCCUUGGAUUAAAUGGGAGGUUGGAAACUUGAAUGAAAUGAUCUGACAAACUCACGUUCAACCUUUAACUCUGGGAAUUAUGGCUACACUUGAUCUUGGGUUUCAAUGAUUCAGGAUGGGCAGGCAUACAGAAAUAACGAACUACAGGGACCUACUUCUUGUAGUUCCUCUAUCCACUAUGUGUUUGAAAUAUGUGGACAACUAGUAUGAAUUUUGUUUCCGUUAGAAUAGGCAUUUGAUGAAACAUAAUACCUAGAAACCCGGGGUGAUUAUUAAAGCACCAAAGAUCUUUGGAGUUGGUAUUGACAUAUACUUUC